AUGUUUGGGCCUGUGCGGGUGCAGCCUGAAACCAGGUACACUGCAGAAGUGGUGGUGUUGGUCACUUCUCUGGGGGCCAAGCGCACCGAGUUCAAUGCGGGAAAGAGAGCGAAGGACUUGCUGGAGAUCAAGGGCGUCCAUCACAAGAUCAUUGAUUUUAACCGGGAUGCUCGACAAGCUGGAACUGGUGAGUCUGAGAACAAGGCUAUCUCAAAGCUCAGCGAGGAUGGAAAAUUGAGAAGUGGCACGAACAAUGACUUGAUCCUCCCGCAGGUCUUCAUUGAUGGUCAGUUUGUUGGCAAUGCCACAGAUUUACAAGGCCUUGAAGAUGAUGGGCUCUUGGACAACAUUCUCAUGCGAAAAGCUUGCCCUAGCUGCAAUUCUUCUCGACGCACGCCCGACAUAACGGAGUGUAAGCGUUGUCCGGCCUGUUGGGAGCCUUUUCAGGAGAUACUGCCUGGUGAGAUGACGAUCAAACAGAAGCUUCAGGAGUUCCACGAUCUUCAUGAUGAUGUCGAGUAUGAUGAAGAUGAAGAAGAGGAACCUUUUGAGGAUGACAUGAUGCACAGCAUGACUGCCAUGCCCACGGACAUGGAUGGGCGAAGUCGAAGUGGAUACGGGGAUGCGAGAGCAGGCGUCCAGUACACUCCUGAAGAGAGGGCCAUCCUAGCAGCUGCUGAAUUCCAGAUCAGCGAUCAGGUACAGUACUGGAGUGAUUCCAGACAUCGCUGGAUGUGUGCAGUUGUCGACAACAUUCGGCUGAAGGAUUGCAAAGUCGUUUACGAUCUGAAUUGCAAGCGAGGUGCACAGGCAGAUAAAAUCAAGGCCUAUGAAGACGCCGAGGAGUGA